AUGCGCUUUGAAACAUUGCGCACCGGACUCGGUCUCGCAGCAAUAAAUGGAUGGGAUCUCCGUCAAUUCGACGUGAAGGGAGCCUAUUUAAAUGGCUACCUCGAGGAGGAGAUUUAUAUGCGACAACCUCCAGGUGGUACAGGCCGUGUCUGCCUGCUUAAACGAUCCCUCUACGGCCUCAAACAAGCCGGAAAUGUUUGGAAUAAAGAAUUCGACCGAGCCAUGCAAGAUUUGGGAUUUAAUCGACUCAAAUCCGAUUCCUGCUGCUACCUGCGUCGCACGGGCGACGAUUUCGAGAUCCUACUUGUAUGGGUCGACGAUAUAUUGUCCAUAGCGAGUACAAGCACCCGAAACGACGUUGUGGAGAAGGAUCUAGGCAGUAAGUUCGAAAUUAAAGCACUGGGACGACCCCGAAUGCUUCUUGGAAUGGGAAUGGCUCAAAAUGAUGAAGAGCAUACCAUAUCCCUCUUCCAGACUGCCUACAUCGACUCCUUGCUCAAGAAAUAUGGUCUAGACGACUGCAACUCUGUUACGACGCCUCUAGACCCCAAUGUUCGUCUCGACGACGACUCAGAUGAAGAAACAAAGCCAGGAGUGAACCAGGACCAAGACGAGCACUUAUCUGUCGGAUACGCGACGCUUAUAGGUUCUCUGAUGUAUCUGGCCAUUGGAACGCGUCCAGAUAUCGCAUACACCGUCCAGAAGCUCGCCCAGUUCACUCAGAACCCCAAACCGAAGCACUGGACCGCUGUGAAGCGAAUAUUUCGCUACCUCAAAGGAACUCGUACCCAUGCACUUACUUACAGCGGGUCCGACAACUUUACUACCCCAGAACUCAAUAUUUAUUGCGACGCCGACUGGGGAAGCGACGCGAACCGUAAAUCAGUGAGUGGUUACGUUGUCACACUCGCUGGAGGCGCAGUUUCUUGGAGUUCCAAGAAACAAACCACGGUAGCACUCUCAACCGCGGAAGCGGAGUAUGUAGCUGCUACUCAUGCCGCAAAACAAGUCCUGUGGCACCGUUCUCUGUUCACAGAACUUGGAAUUGACUUACCAACGACCUCGACAAUCUUCUCGGACAACCAGGCCACCGUUUCUAUCGCACACCACCCGGAAUUUCAUGCACGCACGAAGCACAUCGACAUCGCGCUUCAUUUCCUCCGUGAUCUCGUACAGAACGGCACCCUCAAUCUUGUGUAUAUCAACACGAACAACAACUUAGCCGAUCUAUUCACGAAAGGACUACCUAGAUCUGUACAUCAAGAUCUAACUACGGAGAUCGGCGUUCUGUCCGAGUAA